UCGCAUAAAAACCUUGUGAGGGUUUGAAAAACAAGCUGUUGGCCUUGAAUAUGAUUUCUAACCAAUCCGCAUCUAAUCAUUCUAAUACAGAUGAACGCUCAACGAAUAAUGUGUCCAAAAGACUGCAAACUACGGCGUAUGUAUUGAUAUUUGUUCUGUCAGUUGUUGGAAAUUCCCUUGUUUUGAUAGUAAUGAAGAAGAACCUGAACGGAGCGCGGAAAAUCGUCACAAACCUGCUAAUAGCGCAUUUGGCCACGGCAGACAUYGUGACUACAAUAUUCGGAAUUCCUAUAAUGAUCUGGAGAAUUUGGAAAGGUGAAGAGUGGUUCAAUGAARGUCUUUUUGGAAUAAUUCUCUGCAAGCUUGACCCAUUUAUACUCGAGACAGCAUUUGCUAUGUCUGCAUUUACAAUUACGCUAAUCGCGUUUGAGAGAUUCUUGGUUAUUUAUUAUCCAACAAGGAAAGUCCUCUCUUGCAGUAGAGCUCUUCGAGUGGGCUUAAUUAUGUGGCUGAUUGCUUCUCUGUUUUACUCCCCUAAACUGUACACUCUAACCAUUAUCAAGUAUGGCAACAUUGCAGUUUGUUCGGCACUGGAUCAUCUAAUCUAUCCAUGGAGGAAAAUAGAGAUUUUCAUGUUUCUUAUUUUAUUGGUUUUGACAUUAAUUUUCUAUCUCGCAAUUAUCGUCAAAAUCCGUAUGUAUCAUAAGGCACAAUUAUCGAGUCCUCAGACAAGACAACGUUUAGCCUUGCGAAAGAAAAUGAAUCGACGCGUUCUGUUUCAAAGUUCCACUAUAGUUAUAGUUCAUUAUUUUUGCUGGAUGCCGUAUUUAUUUAUCUACCUAUCAUGCCUUCUCUCAAAAUCGUCUUUAGAUUUGUGUCACAAUAAGAUAUUGAUUCGCUUUUUCGCUCUUUAUUUUGGUUAUUGUAACGCGGCUGCUAAUCCACUCAUAUAUGCAACAUUAAGUGAAACRUUUCGAUCAGGGUUCCGCCAGUUACUGUGUCAGGUCGUGUCUUGCAGCGAUAAAGUAAACAGUCCUACAAGAAUCCAUGAAGAUCGCCAUCGUAUUGCAGCUUUAGUGCCAAUACAACACCGAUUUUUUCAGCAGAAAAGCACAGAUUUAGAUGUCGCCAAUCCUCCGAAUGAUAAUAAUCGUAUCAAUAAAGAAUCCAAUCGUGAACGAAUGGAAAUGAGACGAUUACAAACUCSAUGAAGAUCAGGACGAAAAGAAGGUUUGAUCUAUAAGCCGCAAAUACCGAAAAACGACUUUGUAUUAUGAAUUAUUUAUUAAUGUGCUAGUCAUACUAACUCAGUAAAUUUGAACAUUAUGAAAAUAUGCAGUUAUAAAACUGAUGACGUAUAGCGCGUGGGGAAAACAUUGGAUGAUGAGAGAGAAUAUCAUGCUGACUGAUUUUUAUUAGCAAAACAUCUUUUAUUAGACUAAAGUUACAUUUGCUCGACUGCUCCCAUUUCAAUGCAGCUACCCAUAAUGCUAUGCAUAUGCUUAUAAGAUAGUUGCUGCUGAGCCCGAAUGUGUGACCAACGCGGGUUGUUCAAAGCUCGAUUAACUCCUAUAAAAAAACAAUGGUGUCCGUUAACCCUCGGGCUAUUAAUGCUAAUCGAGCUUUGAACAACCGAAAGCAGAUCURCAA